UACGUCUCUCUCUCUCUCUCUCUGUUUCUCUCACUAACCGAGCAGAGUGUCCGAUUGAGAGCUCGUAGAGAGAGAGAGAGAGCUUCGAAUUCGAAACUCUCUCUUACAUGUCAAAGCAAAACCCUCGUCCCCGAAUCCUCCUCCCCGCCGAAACCCUAAAUGCCUUCCUCCUCCUCCUCCUCGUCCUCCGCCGCUGCCGCCGCCGCCGCCGCCGCCCCUGCUGCCGCCGCCGGCGCCGCCGCGCGCGAGCUCCGCUCGGUGGACCCCGCCGUCUGGCGCGCGUGCGCCGGCGCGUGCGUCCAGAUCCCCCCCGCCAACUCCCGCGUCUACUACUUCCCCCAGGGCCACCUCGAACAAUCGCCGGCGGCGGCGGCGGCGGCUCCGGCGCCGAUCCUCUCCCCGCUCGCCGUCUCGCGGACCUUCGUGCCGUGCCUCGUCGGGGCUGUUCACUACUUCGCGGAUCCCCUCACCGACGAGGUCAUCGCCAAGUUCCUCCUCCGGCCCGUGGUGCACCCCGGCGCGCCUCUGCAGCCGGAGAGCCCGGCCCGCGCCGGCAAUGAGCCGGAGGAGAAGAUCGUGUCCUUCGCCAAGACGCUGACGCCGUCGGACGCGAACAACGGGGGAGGGUUCUCGGUCCCUAGGUUCUGCGCAGAUACGAUAUUUCCUCCGUUGGAUUUCAACGCGGAUCCUCCGGUGCAGUUGCUCUCGGUGAGGGACGUCCACGGCGCCGUGUGGAACUUCCGGCACAUCUACAGGGGCACGCCACGGCGGCAUUUGCUGACCACCGGGUGGAGCAAGUUCGUCAACAAUAAGAAACUCGUGGCCGGCGAUUCGGUGGUGUUCAUGAAGAACUCGAAGGGCGACAUGUUCGUCGGGAUACGGAGGGCUGUCAGGAACAGCGGCGUGGAUUGCGCCAGGUGGAGGGAGCAGAUUGGCGGCGGAAGGCUGAAGGUAGAGGAGGAGAGUGGUCUGAGGGAUGGAUUUUCGAGGAAUGGCCGGGGGAGGGUGUCUAUGGAGGUGGUGGUGAAUGCAGUGGAGACGGCGGCGCGGGGAUUGCCGUUCGAGGUGGUUUAUUACCCGAGGGCAGAGUCCUCGGACUUCGUUGUGAAGGCGGAGAGGGUGGAGGAGGCGCUGAAGUCGCUUUGGACGGCCGGGAUGAGAAUCAAGAUGGCUGUAGAGGCCGAGGACUGCUCCAGGAUGACGUGGCACCACGGGGUGAUUUCCUCCGUCGGUGUCAACGAGAAUGGACUGUGGCGGGGUUCGCCAUGGCGGAUGCUUCAGGUUACAUGGGAUGAACCUGAAGCUAUGCAGGAUAAGAGGUCAGUGAACCCUUGGCAGGUCGAAUCCAUCGGACCUGGAUCGCCCCUUGAUUCGGUGUAUCCUCCGGUGAAGAAAUUGAGAGUUCCUCUCAGAUCUGCUUUGGGAACUGAAGGAGAAUCCGGUCACUUUUUCGAUAUGGCUGGAUUUACUAAUCCUAUGGUGCCCUACAGUUCAUCAUUUUUCAACUAUAACACUCCCAUUGGCAUGCAGGGAGCCAGGCAAGAUGCGUCUAGAGCAUUUGGUUUAGUGAACUAUGUGGAUGAAAAUCCCCCUAUGUACACCUGUAAUAUCUUUGGCAACAAUGUGGUGCCAAAGCCAAAACCUAUCUGCACUGAUCUCAAUAUUGGCAGUUCAGCCUCUGAAACCUUAUCAACUGAUAGCCCUAGUAGUUGGCAUUCCUUUGGCUUAGAAAUUUCUGGAAAUCAGCAAUGCAAUACUUCAAAGAUUGGUGGUGUUUCUUCCAUCCAGCUAUUUGGUAAGACUAUUCAUGCGAUGAAGCCUGCUGAAAGCAAUUUAGAUGGUGUUGUUAGCCCAUCAGAUGAUGGCUCCAAAAGGCCUGGUGAAGCUGGAUAUGUGAGCAUACCACCAGAUCUUUCUUUGACCUGCCUGAAGGCACGGUGACCCUUGUCAAAGAGCCUCAGUCGUUAGGACCUUUCUUCUUUGAGUGUGAGGUUCAGGCUAUGGGUUGCAGAUAUAUAGUUGUACAGGUAUGCUCUCUCCAAUAUAUAUACCCUGCUUAUUUCAUUCAGCAACAGAGAAAUUUAUGUGACUGAAUGAUUGAUAAGGUACCUCCUCCAAUUGUUAAAAGAUUUGGAGUUCUUAUGUUAAUUUUCCCAGUAUCAUAAGUGGAGAUAGGAAAUGGACUGGAAGUUUAGCUAGAGCUGCUAGCUAUUUUCGUUUUAGACAGCAGUGUUUACUUUGGCUACCUGUAAUAUACCACAACUAAUGAGUUAAGAGAGGGUAGAUGCUGGAAAUAAACUAGUACCUUUUUUCUGUUUAUUGGUGAUUAGUCCUUUGCCUUUACACCCUAGAUGUGAUUUUGCACAAAGCCCACGGUGAACUAUGUCAUAGUGAAACUACCAGAACUGCACUAUGGAUAAGAUUUUCUGUUGAAAUGCACGUAGACCUCAAGCAUGACAUAUUUGACUUCUUAUUCUGUAGCUUGGUACUGGCAAAAAGGGGAAAAUGAAAUAAAAAAGAAACCUGCAGCCUGGCGUCACAUUUAUUGGUACAGCUAGCAUACACAAGCAAUUGAAUAUGUUUAUAGCAUCAAAUUAAUUCAAAGUACACAGGCUUUUGACCUCGAGCAUACGCCCUUCAUUUUGGGUGGUAAAAUGUCUGUUGAGCUAACAAUUUCACGUGAUAGGCGUCGUAUAUUUCUCUGUGUCAUUAUUGUGAGGUUAUAAUUGAUCAUCUCCACUCCAUUCAAGUUUCUGUGACUCCAUUUGCUUGUUGGCAGGUAUCUUUUCAGGAACUCUGACUCGACCAGCGAAUUUUGUCGUGGGGGAAGCAGAAGCCCAUCCUCUUGCUUUAGGUAGUUAAAAAAACUCCAUGACACUCUCAUCGGACGAUUGCAAAGUCUUAGUGUAAAGCUCCGUGCGGUUAUGUUGGUUUUCCAGACAUUUUAUAUCUGCUGAUAGACUGUUGUUUGAUGUUUUUCCAAUCAACUGUUCAAAGCUGCCAUUGCAUUGUUUGCUCAU